CGGAACCGGAACUUAGGGGUCGGUUAGCAACCACAUCAACAGCAGGAUGCUCGUACAGCUGUUACACUAAAGCUCACACUGCAGUUUAUUCACGCGUCACUGCAACCCGCACCGCCAUGCGUGGCACGCAGGAGCGCGUGCACACAAAGAGAGCAGGCCCACCGCUGCUGCGGAGCUAACAGGCUAACAGGCUAACAGGCUAACUGUCAGAAUGAGGCUUUGUUAAACUUUAUCAACACCUGGACUUAGUGACAACAACAGUCAGACAACAUGGACUCACUGCUGGACUUUGAGGAGUGUGUCAUCGACUCACCUGAGUUCAGACUGAACCUGGAUCAGUUUGAGAAGGAAGUUUCUCUGUUGGAGACAAACCUGGACAAGGUGAUGAAGCUGUGCGGCAGGAUGGUGGAGGCGGGGCAAGCGUACAGUUCAGCCAACCAGCUGCUCCUGAGCAGCCUGGCUGAGCUCUCCAUUUGCCAGAGGAAGGAAAACGUCAUCACAAACUGCCUGAACCAGUUCAACCAGGGUCUGCAGGAGAUGGUCAGCUUCCACACUAUGUUGUUUGAUCAGACUCAAAGAGCCAUCAGUCAACAGCUGACCAACCUCUGCACACAGUUCCUCCCCCAGCUGGCAGACACCAGGCGGGAGUUUGUUCGGAUCAGUGAGGAUCUGGAGACAGCGGCGGUAAAAAACGCUCAGGUGUCUCGUCACAAAGCCGGCGACGCAGAGCGGGCCAGUCACCUGCUGCUCGCCACGCGGAAAUGCUACCAACACUUCGCCCUGGACUACUGUCUGCAGCUCAACACUUUCAAAACUCAGCAGAGGGCGGACAUCUUAAACUCUGUCUUCUCCUUCAUUCAGGCUCAGUUCACUUUCUUCCACCAAGGCUUCGACCUAAUCAGAGACCUGGAUCCCACCAUGAAGACCAUGGCAGCACAGUUGUCCCAGCUGUCCACAGAGUGUGCGGUUAAAAGAAAAGACCUGGAGAACAAACACCUGCUGGUGCAGCAGAGAGAUGCCUCUGGCGAGCCGAUGGUCAGCCCGUGUCCUGGCAGUGAUGACAUCAUCCAGGGGUAUCUGUUCAAGCGGUCCAGGAGGAAAUCCAAAACCUGGAAGAGAUGCUGGUUUUCCAUCAGAGACAAUCAACUAAUUUACAGAAAGUCGCACAAGGACGACGCCGUGGUUCUGUUUGAGGAUCUCAGACUCUGCGCCAUCAAAUCCUUGGAACACAUGGAUCGACGUUUCUGCUUCGAGCUGCUCUCCGUCCAGAAGUGCUGUGCGCUGCAGGCCGACUCGGAGCAGCUGAAACAGGCGUGGCUCGACGCUCUGCAGGGCAGCAUCGACCUCGCCUACAGAGAGAGGGCCGGCGCUCCGCUCACACAGCCUAAAGAGCCCCCCUCUGUCCUGUGUGGUGGGAGUGACCCUCCGGGCCCCCCCGCUCAGAGGCUGGCGGCCCUGGGCGUGGCCCUGAGGGGCCCCGGGAACCAGCGGUGCUGUGACUGCGGCGAGGAAGAGCCUCGCUGGGCCUCCAUCAACCUGGGAGUCACCAUGUGCAUCGAGUGCUCCGGCAUACACAGGAGCCUCGGUGUUCACCUGUCUAAGGUCCGAUCCCUCACCCUGGACUCAUGGGAGGCUGAACAGCUGAAGCUCCUUUGUGUUUUGGGAAACGAUGUCAUGAACCAGAUCUACGAGGCUCGAUGUUCAGAAGAGGGACGAGUCAAACCCUCGGCCAACAGCCCGCGAGCCGAGAAGGAGAUGUGGAUCAAAGAGAAAUAUGUGGAGAAGAGAUUUGUGCAGAACAGCCGCUCAGACCCAGAUCAGCGUCACAAGGCCGCGGCCGGGCUGCGUCUGUAUCAGGCGGCGUUGGAUGGAGACCUGGUUGCUAUGGCAGUGGCGCUGGCUGAGGGGGCGGAGGUCAACGGCAGCAUCGCAGAGGAGGAGGGACGUACGGGGCUGAUUGGAGCUGCUGUCGGGGGGUCACUGUUGGCCUGUGAGUUCCUGCUGCAGAACGGAGCUAACGUCAACUACCGAGACCUGAGAGGACAGGGAGCACUACACGCUGCUGCCACCGCUGGACACACUGGGCAGGUGUGUCUGCUGUUGAAGAGAGGAGCCAAUCAGUACGCUGUGGACGAGAGAGGACAGGACCCAUUGGCCAUCGCCGUGGAGACAGCCCACGCUGACAUUGUCACGCUGCUGCGGAUGGCCAGGAUGAAUGAAGAGAUGAGAGACUCAGACGGAGUCUUUGGAUCCGUUGGGGACGACCAGACGUUUCGGGACAUCUUCCGAGACUUCAGCGACAUGGCGUCUCACGACCCGGAGAAACUCAGCCGGCGGCGGUUCAGCAGGGGAGGAGGGGACAAUGAGCGGGACGAGGAGGAGGAGGAGGAGAGAGGAAGAACAGGAGGAACAGGAAAACCGGUGAACAGGAAAGUCUGUGAUGAAAAGACGUCAGAGUGACAGUUCCUGGCGCUGGAGGCGAGUCGGUCUGCAGACCUCCUCACAGUCAAGUCCCCAGAACCUCAUUUCAACAUUAAGAAACGUUUACAGAUUUCUACACAUGAACCUAGAAGGUAUAACGAUACAAUCACGUAUAUUCUAAUGACAGUUUAACCUAAUUUACGUCAGCAGUGUUAAAGACGAGGGGGGGAACUUUGACUGCAGCUGAUCAUUCAAUUUAUCAUCAAUUCAUCUGGCAAAGUUUUUCAAGUUUCAUUUGAAAGUGUUUUGUCCAACAGUGAAUAUUCAGCUGGUUGAAAACCCAGUGACUAUUAUUUACAUCUGAGAAGCUGGAGAAUCGUUUUCCUUUAUCACAACCUCUGGGUAAUUGGGACGUGUAAAGUUUGUUUUAAAAUGUUUUAGUGAUUUUAGACUUAAAAUAUAUAUUUUUUAAUUAUUAAUUCAUUGAUACUAGGAAAUCUUAAAUUUACAGCUGCAAAGUAUGAAAUCAUGAUUGAGCUCAUCAUCCCUACUGGUUUUUAUUCAUGUCCUUUCAUACCUGUCAUGAAACAGGUAAGUUACAUUACAGAAGUUACUUUCUGGGUCAGAAGUUACAUUGUGUGUGUUCUAUAUUUAAUUUGGUUAAACUUGAUUCAUUUUCUGAUUUGUAGUUGAUUGGAUCUUGGAUCUCAGCUUGAGCAGUUGUGUGUUAGUGUUGAAGUUGGGUUGUGUUUGGAUGGAGCUGUGAGUGGUCACAUCGUCACUGCCAGAUGUUUGAACUGUCAUCGCUGUUGCCAUGGUUACGCCCCCUGGAGUUUUCCAGCCUCUGAAUCAGAGACUUGUGUGAACUGAUCUCGUUUCAGUUUGAAAACUCUGGGUUUGUGUUUCAGUCUGAACAGAAACUGAG